AUGGGAUCCAACCUCGUCGAGCUCGCAGACCGUCUCCUCAAGAAUGGCGCCAACAAAGUUCUCCCCACGGCUCGCCGAGUUCGCGUCGUCUUCAACCAGACCACCAUUGUAGAUACCACUAAAGCAGUCUGGGUUUGGGAACACGAAUGGUACCCUCAGUUUUACAUCCCUUCUUCUGAGAUCAAGGACAGCACUCUCAGCGACAAUCAAUCCAUCAAGAGUGAAGGCGCGAAGACCGCGGCCAUUGUUAAACUCACUGUCCCAGCAAAGGCGGGCGUUCCGGAGAAGACCACAGAUCGAGUAUUGAGGUUUGACAAUGAUCCUAGCUUGGGAGACUUGGCAGGCCUUGUGAGAUUAGAGUUCGGUGCGAUGGAUACAUGGCUUGAGGAAGAUGUCCGUAUCAUCGGCCACCCCAAGGAUCCGUUCAAGCGCCUCGACUUCCUCCACUCCACUCGUGCUUUCGAAGUCCGCGUCGACGGCAAGACUAUCGCCAAAUCCUCCUACGCCAUCCACCUUCACGAGACUGGCCUCAAAACUCGCUACUAUGUUCCCCUCGCGUCCAUUGACCCGUCUCUGCUUCGACCUAGCACUACUACCUCAGUCUGCCCUUAUAAGGGCAUUGCAGAGUACUAUAAUGUCGUCAUAGAUGGAAAGGAGCAUAAGGAUAUCAUCUGGUAUUAUAACUACCCGAUUCAAGAGAGCAUUGCCAUUGCAGGCUUGAUUUCGUUUUACAACGAGAAAGUGGAAAUUCUGUUGGACGGCAAGGCGGUAUAG